UCCUUCUUCGGCGCAAUGGGCUGCGCGGCCUCGAUAAUCUUCACCGUCAUCGGCGCGUCCUACGGCACCGCAAAGUCCAGCGGGGCCAUCUUCUCCUCGGGCAUCCUGCGGCCCGACCGGCUCAUGCAGAACACCCUGUGCGCCGUCAUGGCCCAGAUCCUCGCCAUCUACGGCCUCGUCUCGGCCGUCAUCAUCUCGGGCGACCUCGACCCUUACCUUCCCUUGCACCAGGGCUUCCUGCAGCUUGGCGCGGGCAUCAGCGUCGGGCUGUGCGGCUUGGCCGCCGGGUUCAGCAUCGGCAUCAUCGGCGACGCGGGUGUACGAGCCAGCACCCAACAACCUCGAUUGUAUGUCGGGAUGGUCCUGAUCCUCAUCUUCGCCGAGGUCCUCGGCCUGUACGGGCUCAUCGUGUGCAUCCUGAUGCUCACAAAGUCGAGGCAGAACGUGCCAGAGUGCCCUCGGCCCCCUACGGUGAUGUUCCGAUGA